AUGCCUGAAGCGGCAGCAGCAGGCGGCGGCGAACGCGAACAAUCAUGGGAGCAGAGAGCUUGGUCGAUUGGCAAGAAUGUCGCCAUCUUUAUUGCGAUCCAAUUCGCGAUCAAGCAAUUCAUGAGCAGUGGUGGUCAGAAAGCAGCGGCGCCAACCCCCUCGAUGAGCGCCAUGGACACUCCCCAGGCCGCAGUGACAGACUACAGCGUCGUACCAGAGACCGUCUUCCCCCUCUGGCCGAUCAACGUGAGCGUGGAUGUCAGUCUUUAUAUCAGCCCUGAGAUUGUACCUAGACCCGGUCAGGCGACUUUGGUAUUGGAAGAGAAGAACUUUGCUCUGGACCAGAAGAAGAAGGAUUUCAGGGAGGUUCACAAGACAUUCAAUGUACCGCCACAGGUGCAGGACAACGGAACGUUAUGGGCACAUAUAUUCGUCGCACAGACUGGAGCUGUAAUGGACCCGGGUGCUGCGGGUUACGAUCCUGCGAAGGCCUACCGUAUGAUUCGUCCAUUAACUGAGUACUUGGCUAAGAAGAAAGUCCGCAAGACCAGGAAUUUGCUCGAAGCCAAGAACGAGAUGCCUUUGGAAGACGAGCCUACUGAGGAGACUGGUCCUACGCUCGCCUCUUACUACCAUCCUAACUUCACACUCUCGUUCGUGCCAGAUGCUGGAGCAGCGCAGUAUGCCACUCUACACCCUGCUGUCCGCCAGUUCUACACUCUCGAGUCGACCGGCGCACGAGACGAAACGGGCAAGAAUGGUUGGUACUAUCCAGUCGUCUACGUCAAUACUUUCUGGCAGCUGAAGUCGCACAUGACUGAGCUCAACUCCACCGAACCCGUCUCUACACUGCCAAUGAACGUUGGUCUCUCUACACUAGGCAACUGGCAAUUUAACAUCAUGGCUAGCAUGGAUGAAGGCAUGAAAGAGACAGCCCGUAAAACAGCACGAGGCGAGACCACGCCAGGUGGUGGUGACGGUAGUGAAAUGGAGUUGAUCAAGUCCACACUACUGGACACGAAUCCCUGGCUACUGGGCACAACUGUCAUCGUCAGCAUCUUCCACAUGAUCUUCGAACUGCUUGCCUUCAAAUCCGACGUUGGACAUUGGCGCAAGAAGAAGGACAAUGUGGGUAUCUCUGUCCGCACGAUCCUGUCCAACGUGGUGAUGCAAGGCAUCAUCUUCCUCUACCUCAUGGACAACAACGAAAACACUUCCUGGAUGAUCCUCUUCGGCCAAGGAAUGGGUAUAGCAAUCGAAGCCUGGAAGAUCACGAAGAUGGUGAACGUGCGUGUUCGGCAGCCACAGGCUGGGACGUGGGCCGCGAAGCUCGGACUUCCGUACAUGGUUGUGUUUGAAGACAAGCACCAGCUAUCUGAGACGGAAGAGAAAACUGAGGAGUAUGAUCGCAUUGCUUUCAGGUAUAUGGGCAUCAUUGCUGUGCCCUUGCUUUUGGCGUAUGCUGCUUACUCGCUCAUGUACGAGAGCCAUAAGAGUUGGUAUAGUUUCAUCAUCACGACUCUUGUGGGAUCGGUGUAUGCUUAUGGAUUUCUGAUGAUGGUCCCGGCUCUCUACAUCAACUAUCGCCUCAAGUCUGUCGCCCACAUGCCCGGACGCGCCAUGGCGUACAAAUUCCUGAACACCUUCAUCGACGACCUCUUCGCUUUCACCAUCAAGAUGCCCAUCCUACAUCGUUUGGCCACUCUCCGCGACGAUGUGAUCUUCUUCGUCUACUUGUAUCAAGCUUGGGCUUACAAAGUUGACCAUACUCGUGUCAACGAGUUUGGACAGGGUGGAGACGAUGACGAGGUCACGGAGGAUAAGCUUGCGAAUCAGCCGCUCAAGGCACCUCCUGGUAGUGUCAAAGAUGCAGAGAAGAAGGAGAUUUUGCAGGAGAGCAGGGAUGGUAGGGAGAAGGCGGAUACUGCUGUCAGCACUGGUUCCCAAAAGGGCGGUGCGAAGAAGCGGAAGGGCUAG